GCGUUGAGAACAGUAUUUCUUUAAUUUUCGUUUACCGUAGUGAAAGAAGGUCAAGAGGAAAGGAGAAAGUACUAAUCUUUUCUUUUUCGAGAUUCUUUCAUCAUCAGUGAACGCAAAAUUAACUUUCUUCAAAUUCGAACGUUUAUUAAUCAUAACGGGUAGCUCGAUGUGAAAGUUUUGCCGACAGAUGCCCUCAUUGUCAGUUCAGUGAGCGAUCGUCUUGUUCGUGUGUGCUUUGAUGUAACAUGGCUACAAGCAAUACGGAAGAAAUCAAGGAGAUCGAACGGAAGGAGCAAGGGAUAAUAAAUUUUGAUGAAUUUCCACCAGAAGUUUUGAUCAAGCAUCCUUUACAACAUACCUGGACACUUUGGUAUUAUGAACCGGACAAAAGUAAAACAUGGGAGGAAAGCCAACGUGAGAUAACUAGUUUUGAUACAGCAGAAGAUUUUUGGAGUCUGUACAAUCACAUAAAGCCUGCAUCCGAGUUAAGACAAGGUUGCGAUUAUAGUAUGUUUAAACAAGGAAUCCGACCUAUGUGGGAAGAUGAUGCAAACAAAUUAGGUGGAAGAUGGCUAAUAAAUUUAGAUAAAAAGCAAAGAGCUAUGGAUUUAGAUCAUUUUUGGUUAGAAAUUCUUCUGUGCAUGAUCGGAGAAGCAUUUAAUGAAUAUUCAGAUGAUGUAUGUGGUGCUGUUGUAAACGUAAGGCUAAAAGGAGAUAAACUUGGUAUAUGGACAGCUAAUGCCAAUAGUGAAGAUAGCGUUAUGGAAAUAGGACGUAAAUUAAAAGAAAGAUUAAGGAUUACACCCAAAAUAACUAUAGGAUAUCAAGUACAUCAAGAUACUAUGAUUAAGAAAGGAAGUCAAACAAAAAAUACUUACACGGUCUAAGUACAGCAAGAAUUCUUGAUUUCAUAAAAAUUUCAUUGUUACAUAGAUCAUUGAAUAACAGGUAUCAAACAACUGAUGGACAAAUUGUCAUUGAUAUCGAUAAGAAUAUCAAUAUAUAAUUCAUUGAUUCGUUUGUUUAAAGCUGAGAAAAUAUAUAUAUAUAUAUAUAUACAUAUAUAUAUAUAUUUUUUUUUGUUUAAAUCUUAACUUCGUUUCCCCCAAUAAGCGAUUGAGCGAAAGUUAAUAAAUGGAUAUUAAAUAAAACAGAUUAAUAUUACAUUAAUAUAAAAACGUACAUUAAUGUAUAAUACAUAGAAGUAGUUUAUGAAAGAUACGCGCAGGCUGCUGUAUUUUUCUACUUUUGACAUAUAUAUGUUAUGUAUUUACAAUUUCACACAUUUAUCACUUAAAUACAUAAUUUCCUAUUGCAUGAAAUAAAGCUCAUUUCUAUUAUUAUUUCAAAAAAUAUUAUGGAUUUUAUUGUUCUUUUUUUUUCCCCUAUGUAUGCAUAUUGAAUAGUUUAUUAAAUUCAACAUUUCUUAAUUAGAAUAGUAAUGAUCAAUAAAAUGCAGCAUCUUGCUUUAUUCUUCUAAAAUGUAUUAAAGAUGUGUGAUGUUUACACAAUUGUUUGACAUACAAUUAUAUUUAAGUCUUUCUUAUAUAAAAUAUAUUUAAAAAAAAUAUAUAUUGCUAUAUGCA